AUGAGGGCUCUGGCAUCUGGCAGAGGACGGCUGCUGAACUCUCACGGAGAGGUACUGGUUGGAGCAUCAACUAUCAAAGAGGCGAGUUUGCAGAAUGGCGACGUGCUCACCCUACAUGUGAAGCAGGUCCAACUUGUAGCUACAAGGAAAGAAGGUAGAUUCUCCGCCUUUGCUGCACUUCUGGGUGACGGAUCAGUGGUGACCUGGGGUGUUGAGAAAGGUGGCGACAGCAGCGCUGUGCAGCAGCUCCUGACGGACGUGCAGCGGAUCCAAGCUUCACAGCGCGCAUUUGCUGCAGUGCUGGGAGAUGGAUCUGUGGUGACCUGGGGAAGUGCCGAAUGUGGCGGAGACAGCACGGCGGUACAGUACCAGCUAAAGAACGUCCAGCAGCUCCAAUCUACAAACCGUGCAUUCGCUGCAAUCCUGGCUGAUGGAUCUGUGGUGACCUGGGGAAAUGAAGAAUAUGGUGGGGACAGUGAUGAGGUACAGUCGCAGCUUAAAGAUGUUCGGCAAAUUGGAGCUUCGCAUCGUGCAUUCGCUGCGGUUCUUGGUGAUGGGUCUGUGGUCGCUUGGGGCUAUGUCCCCUUUGGGGGCAGCACCGGGGAAGUGCAAGAGCAGUUAAGAGAUGUGCAGCAGAUCCAAGGGUCUAACUACGCCUUUGCUGCAAUCCGGCGUGAUGGUUCCGUGGUCACAUGGGGCCACCGGGAGUUUGGUGGUGACAGCAGCGCCGUGCAGGAGCAGUUGAGGGAUGUGCAGCAAGUCCAUGCUGCACAGCAUGCAUUUGCUGCAAUUCGGGGUGAUGGGUCCGUGGUCACCUGGGGUGGCUCCCAAUUUGGCGGCGACAGCAGGGCUGUACAGGAGCAGCUCAAGGACGUACAGCAUAUUCAAGGGUCUCGGCUUGCCUUCGCCGGAAGACUGCGUGACGGUUCUGUGGUGACCUGGGGCCAUCCCGCGUUUGGUGGCGACAGCAGGGCCGUACAGGAGCAGCUGAAGAAUGUACAGCACCUACAAGCUUCGAGUCAGGCAUUUGCUGCAACACUCGCGGAUGGAUCUGUGGUCAGCUGGGGUAAUAAUCGUUAUAUGGUGGCGACUCCAGUGUUGUCCAGGAGCAGCUAA